UCUCGGCUGCGCUUAUUCUGGUCUAAGACAGUUCAAAACAGCAAUGGAGUACCAUCAGCGUGCUCUAGAAUUUGCUAAAGAAGUUGGAGACAAGGCAGAAGAGGCACGCUCACUCUGUUCUCUUGGAAUAAGUUGGGAGAGGGAAGGAAAUAUAAUGAGAGCGCUUGACCUCUUUCAUUCGAGUGUAAAGAUUUAUGAUGAUAUCAGGGAUAGUCUUCAAUUUAACGACAACUGGAAGAUUUGCUAUCGCAAUCAGCAUAAAGAUGCAUACACAUGUUUGUGGCGUAUUAACCUAAGUCUAGGUGAAGUUGUUAAAGCUUUCUUUGCCGCAGAAAAGGCACGUGCUCAAGCUCUGAGAGAUCUUUUAAACUCAAAAUAUCAGGUUGGAGACUCUUCAGAAUAUAGGAGCCUGUGCGUUUCUCUGAGUUGUGUACCAUCAAGUACAGUUUUCAUAGCUAUAAGUGGGCCUUGCGUUUACUUCUGGGUUUUCCUAAGCAACGAAAAUGUCCAGCUGAGAAAGGCACAUAUCAAUAAUUACAGAUAUCAGGAUGAACUGGAAUUUUUCAUCGGGAAGAUGAACAGAGAUGCCCUUAAGGAGAUCGGUGUUAGAGAUGCUGUAACCUGCGAGAAUCCUCCGACUGAGUCGCUGAAAGAGGAGGAAGUGGCGAAUGAUAUGAUUCGAAUUGAUGUGAAGUCUUCACAAUCAACUGCGCUGCAGAAGCUUUAUAAUAUCAUUAUUACUCCCAUCGCUGAUCUGAUCGUAGGCAACGAGCUCACAGUUGUCCCUGAGGGGCCAUUUUGCCUUGUACCUUAUGCAGCUUUAGAGGACCAGAAGUCAACAUAUCUAAGUGACUCUCUCGGAAUUCGCGUGCUUCCGUCCCUGACGACUUUACGAUUAAUUACUAAUUGCCCAGCUGAAUUCCACAUGGAGAGUGGUGCUUUGCUUGUCGGCGACCCGUGUUUCAAACAUGUACUUUAUCAGGGAAAACUGUUGACGCAACUUCCGGGAGCAAAGAAAGAAGUUGAAAUGAUCGGACGAAUCCUCCAUACUUCCCCCCUGCUAAGAGAAAUGGCUUCAAAAGAUGAAGUUUUAAAACGACUGUCAUCGGUGGCUUUAGUACACAUUGCAUCACAUGGUAAAAUGGAAACUGGAGAAAUUAUAUUGGCUCCAAACACUGCAAGAGAGAACCCUCAGCCCCAAGAGACUGACUAUCUAAUGACGAUGAAAGAUGUCCUAGAAGCUGGGCUGCGGGCGCGACUAGUUGUUCUAAGUUGUUGUCACACUGCUCGUGGGGAGAUCAUGGCCGAGGGUGUGGUUGGCGUCGCGCGAGCAUUUUUGGGUGCGGGUGCUAGAUCGGUUGUGGUAACGUUGUGGGCGAUUGAGGACGAGGCAACCCUGGAGUUCAUGAGUUUCUUCUACGAUGCACUGUUCAAAGGCAAGAGGGCAAGUGAAGCUCUCAAUGGAGCCAUGAAGUGUAUGAGAGAAUCUGGAAAUUUCAAGGAGGUGAAGCAGUGGGCACCAUUCGUACUCAUUGGUGACGAUGUUCAACUGGAUUUUAAGGAGAUUUAGAUGCUGAACCAUUUAAGGAGGUGAGCCUUGAAGCAAGAAAGCCGAUGAAGUUUAAAGCUGCCCACAAACGUUAAUGUUUGUAGCAAAACCCACUGGGCUACUGAUGGAAUGUCUGUGAUAGUCUUCUUUUCAAAACAGGGUGAACCAAAAGAUGCUUAAAUCAAAAAUUUAACAGGAGCCCCUAUGGAUUUCUAUUGUUUCAAAAAUUGUUUUUUCAGUUUUAAGAAAUGCUCUUGGAUUUUGGACAUAUCAAAGAGAAAGAACUUUGAAGUGUCUUGAUUGUUCAUGUCAGGUUCAAACUAGUUUUGUAAUGUUAUUUUUUUCAGUGAUGUCCUGAAAUUAUCAUGACUCGCUAGGUAGCUGUAAUCUAAUUUGAAUGAAGUCGUUACCUAUAAACAAGUUUAUUGGUGUUGCAGUUUCGUCUAAGUCGAAAAGAUUUUUUUUCCAAAUUUUUUUCAAUCCAUUUUUGCCGUAUAGCUGAGUGAUAGUUAUACGCUUGUAUAGAGUUUUCAGAGAACUUGAAGAAUACUCAGUUGUUCCGCAAUUGAUCGAUGAUCUUAGUUUCAGUCGAGUGGAAAUUGCGUGAGUAACUUUUCGAGGAAUUUUACCAAGUUGUUUGUUGUUAAAGUUAUUUUCUGCAUCUAUUAAUUCGUUUGGUCUGACUUUGAGUGACUGAUUCUAACUAUUAUGGCUAAGGUUUAACCUUGUCUUUACCAAUAUUUAGAAAGAUUUGUCUUUUGCGUUUGAUUGCGAUAAACAAUUAUUGUACCUUGUGUAGUGCAUCAGAUACAUUUUAAGAAUGCUCUUAAAAACCGAUUGUUCAAUUAGAAAAUGGAAGGCUUAACUGAAUAAUUUUUUUGUUCGGAAACUGCAUGGCAGUUUCAAAGUUAUGUCUCAGACGAAAGGUCGAGGGGAAAAGUUCAGAAAGUUUUAAG